UUCUCGAGUGACUAAAGAGAUGACUCCCUCCCAUCGCCUUGACCUUCUCACAGACGCACUCCUGUACUAUGGUAGAAGAAAAUCUGCAGAUCUAGAUGUGCAGCUUCUUCAGAGGUGGGACAAAGCCGAGAAGAUUGCGAGUAUUGCUGAGGAAGAGAUUUCUGCAGUUUUGAAAGAGUCACCGAUAAGCAUUUCUGAACAUGACCUACAACAAUGGAUGGAAACACAGAGACAUGUAGCCCAAGCUGCACAUUUAAAAACUAGAGACAAAGAGAUUGUUCCAAGAUGGAAGAGGAACUAUGUGAUGAAGCUGACCGAAAUCAACCAGCUCAGAUCCGGAUCACAUCAACAGGACUCACUCAUUGAAGAUGAAUCACAACUGGACAGGGAUCUUCGAAUAAUUGAGAGACACCAUGCUGUAAAACGAAGAUGGGUCCCUUCGGAUGACAUUUUCCAGAGAACACUGAGAGAUGUUGACCAGGAACUUAGAGGUCAGCUGAUACAACGAGCACAAAAUGAAGCAAGGGAGAGGGCCACUCUUCUGAACCUGAAAAGAAGAUAUAAUGAUGGACAGGGAGUUGCUAUAAGGCUGUCCAAGCAAGUGAAUGCCUGUAACAGGAAACUGAAGAACAUUGUUACAGAGUACAAUAAUCUGCAGUGGCCUCCACAAACUGGCAUCUUUCCAUCACAUUUAGAAUUUCUAGAAUUAUGUGAUGCCUCCUCCCAGCUGUACACAUUGUUUGAUGAACAAAUUGAAGAUCAUGGUGUUGUUCCAAAGAACCUAAAAAGUCGAGCAAUAGAAGCCCUGCAUUUGAAGACUAGAGCAACUGAAGAAAGCUUCUACUUAAGAGAGAGAUGAACACUGUCAUUCUUCACCUUCAUCAACAACAUGGACAUUUAAGUUCAGCUAUAAAUGAUACUGCAGAUCCUGGUUCAAAAGCUGUACUUCAUCAAAACAUUAUCAUGUUAGAAAAGAAAAUGUACAGUGCAAUGAACAUGUUCAAGAGGUUUAUCGAAGUUGGUGCCCCUCCUCCAAAUCAUCACCUACCAGAGUUUAACUCUUAUUCUCAAGCACUUAUGUCUCCAGAUCUACAUUACAUAGACUAUGAUGAAAGCAUUGACGAUGGAGAGGAUGAAGGGGAUGAUGACGACAAUGUUGAGGAAGGAGAGAACAGCAUAGAUUGUGAAUCAUCUUUAUGAUUUAUGGCCACUUACUGUCCUAUGUGAAGAGCACAUAUUCCAGUAUAAAAAGUUCAUUGUUUGUUGAUUGUCAUAUAAGCUUUUUUUUUCUAACAUCUCAGUUUAUUGCUUUUGAUAUUGUUGAGACAUAUCUGUUUUUCAAGUCAAGCUAUAUAUAAUCAAGGGCAUUUUAGUUUUACUCAUUACAGCUUGGUACUCUUUUUUUCACAUUUAUUAAUGUUCUUGUUCAGGAUGACAUUGUUAAUGACUAAAAUUCAUUUACAGUUUGAUUUUAACUCUUAAUUUUGAGAUGCUGGAUAAUCUGCUUUACAUAAUAUCUUUAAAUUUGAGCACAACAACAAAAUAACUAAAACGUAGUGGACAAAAAUUUUAUGAUGUUCAUAUUUGAGAAAUAUUUGACUGUUAUCCAAGAAUAACAUUAUUUUGAAGGGCACUACUCUGUAUUAAAAAUUCAUUAAGAGCUAUGUCAGUGUUUCUGUGA